AUGGUGCCCAUGCCCAUUGAUGCUUCAAUCUACGGCGGCAGGAUCCUCACCGGUGCUUCUGAAACUGAACAGGCUGCCAAGCGCGCACGGCUCGCCAAGGAUGAAGCUGAGCAAAAGCGCAGGCUGCACCACAUGGCAGCAUGGAAAAUCCAACGCCGCUUCCGGCGGUGGCUGCUGCACUUGGCCGCACAGCGAGCCUGGACCCCACAUACAGAGGGAAGCUUCCGGAAAUUCAAGUUUCCACCUUGCAGCUCACACCGACCAGGCGGUGUUAAACCAGAAUGGGUCAGGGCUGGGCAUGUCCGUCGCUUUGCGAUUCAGGUUGAUAGCCUCGCGGCUGACAGAGACGCAUCGAGCUCCAUCCUUGGGCAGCUCCCGGCAGAGACAACGGUGCAGGUGGUUGAAAUCGGUACCGGGUCAGCGGGCGAUCGCGUGAAAGUUCGCGAUUACGUGAACGAGCGGGAAGGCUGGCUGAGCGUGGUUUCAGCCGACGGCUCCGAAAGGUUCAGACCUGCUGCUAUCGAGGCAAUAGCUGCUGCUUCGCCAACGCCCUCGUCACCGGCACCCUCGUCUUCGCCGGUGCCGUCGUCUUCGCCGGCGCCCUCGCCGAAGCCCAGCUCUCUCCACAGGCCGGAGGAGGCGUUGUCCUUCGACGCACCUGCGGCCGCCGAGCGCCCAAAUGCAAAGUAUUCAGCUGGGAUGUGGCUGCAGUGCAUCGGCCCAGUUCUCACCCGUCAGGGCGAGGACCUGGAGAGCCCCCAGCUCUGCCGCCUUCCGCCGGAUUCGCUCGUGCAGGUCCUGGAGAUAGGUACCGGCCCCACGGGCAAGCAGCUCGACUUGAACAUGCUGGGGGCCUCUUCCGACUUCAAGGCUUGGAGAAGGACCAGACUCUAG